AUGGCGUCACCUGUCCAGGCAGUCGAAAUGACUAGCGAUGACUCCGAUCAAUUCUCUGCGUUCAGGUCUCCACAGAUCAAAAGUCGAAGCCCCUCGCCGGAAUAUGACCCCAAAGCCGGCGAAAACAGACUGCGCCCGGCCGGAGACAUCAUCAAUCGGAUCACAUGGGACCCAGCAUUCGAGCGUCACGACUAUGUGAUUGGCUUUGUGGAUCGAUUUGAAGGUCAACUGGAGGUCGGCAUGGAUAGUUGGAAGAAGGAGACCACCCAUGAGGAAUUCAUCCCCCAACACCGAGUGCUCUAUAUACGACAUAUCCACGGGGAAAUCGUAUGGGACCGGAGGAGACGAAUUGACAAGAUUUUCAAGAGCGGAAAUUCGGCGUUCAGCGAACUUGCCUUUCUUGCAUGA